AAUAUUAUCGUGCCGGAACGCCUUAUUUACCUCCAGAAGCUAUUGAAGAUAUUAUUCAAUCUCGAGGGACAAUUAAAAAUGCAUGUAAAAAAAUGGUUGAUAAAUAUGGUACUUCAACACGUCGAAUUUAUGAAAUUUGUAAAAGGCAUGCACAAGGAUUAUCUCAGCGUAAGCAACAAAUGAUACAAAACACCUUUUCUUCUGAAAUAGCAUUUAUGCCUAAAAAUAAUAUCUCAAAUGAGCAGACAAAAAAGAAAAGAUCUAGUUCCAGAUCAAUUUACUUUUCUCACUUGUCUUCUAAUAGUGGAGAGAAGAUAAGAAAAAUAAGUGAAAAUAUUAUGAAUGAUGACAUUCCUAAUACAGAUAUAGUUGCUCAAAUUGAGUAA